ACUGUCCUGCAGCCAAAACUUCAUCUGACAGGGUUAGCUCAAAAAUGGAGAAGAAAUCUUCCUAAAAAAAGGAGAAGAAACGCACGCGUGAACGAGAAGCGAGAACCACGAGGGGCAUGAGCAUCCAUGUGAGCAUAAGAGGGAAGAGAGGAUUAGGAGCAGAGCAGGAGAUGAAUGAUGCCACCAUCACCUCCAGCUCAAGCCCUCCCUUCAAUCCAACUCCACCUACGCAAAAAUCAUAUCCAUUCUCCACCAAACAGCCCACAAGAGAUUUCAUCAUCUCCGGCUAAAACUGGAUCUUUACUGAAGUUUUAGUUUUUUUUUUUAAAAAAAAUCCCCCUUUGUUGUCCAUUUGUGGAUGCUGCAAUUAUUUUUUGUGUUGUGAUUUCCAUUGUGAAUUUGGACCACGCGCUCCACCGCAACCAAACCUCCCCUCAAAUCCUGCCUCAACAGUCCCAAUCUCCAGUCCAGAGCGAGCAUCGGUCGAAUAAAUCAUUUGUGGUGCAUUUGGCCCCCCUCCACCAUCCGAGAAAUCCCAAGAACUCAUCCCGAAUCGCCCGCCCCCACAUACAGCUCAUAGUUCCAGCGAGAAUUCGGAAAAGGAGGAAGCAAUGACGGAGGUGGCGCUGCCCCGGGGCCCGGCCAACCUCGCUUCCCCCGCAAGCCGCGCCUCCUCGUCCUCCUCGCUGCGCUAUUUAGCCAGUGCCGACAGCGACGUGCUCCCUGGAAGCGGCAGCCCCGAGCGGUCAGCGGGAUCUACAGGGAGCCGAGGAAUCCGGCAGGCAGGAGGGUCGGAGGAGGAGGAGGAAGAAGAGGAGCGGUGGUCGUUCUUGGCGCUGCUGUUUGAGCUGCUGCGGAAGUCCCUGCUCGGCUGCAGUGUGGUAGGCGGCGGCGGCGAAGGUGAAGGCCGCGGCUGUGGGAUGGAGAUUGGGUUGCCGACGGACGUGCAGCACGUGGCGCACGUCACCUUCGAUAGGUUCCAUGGAUUCCUGGGGCUCCCCGUCGAGUUCGAGCCUGAGGUGUCCCGCCGCGCUCCCAGUGCCAGUGCAAGCGUCUUUGGAGUUUCAACAGAAUCAAUGCAGUGUUCCUACGAUGCGAGAAGAAAUAGCGUCCCAACAAUCCUGUUGAUGAUGCAAAGACGCCUUUAUGAACAGGGUGGUCUUCAGGCAGAAGGUAUUUUCCGUAUUAACGCGGAGAAUAGCCAGGAGGAAUUUGUAAGAGACCAGUUAAAUAGUGGAAUUGUUCCGGAUGGCAUUGAGGUCCAUUGUUUGGCAGGCCUAAUUAAAGCCUGGUUUAGGGAGAUGCCAAGUGGGGUGCUGGACUCGAUCCCGCCUGAACAGGUGAUGCAAUGCCAAUCUGAAGAGGAUUGUGCUCAUGUUGCUAAAUGCCUUCCACCAGCUGAAGCUGCUUUGCUUGCUUGGUCUGUUAAUCUGAUGGCUGAUGUAGUCCAAGAAGAACAGAUAAACAAGAUGAACGCUCGCAAUAUUGCUAUGGUUUUUGCACCGAAUAUGACUCAGAUGGCAGAUCCAUUGACUGCACUGAUGUAUGCUGUGCAAGUGAUGAAUUUUCUGAAGAUGUUAAUACAAAGGACCCUCAAGGAUAGAGAAGAGUCCAGUCCAGAGGAUGUUUUGCUACCCCAGAAGGAUCCAUCUGAUGAAAAUGGGCAUCAGAAACCCAGCGUGACACUUGAUUCUCUCCUUGAGGAAGGAUCCAGGCGUCCCUCUUUCGUCAAGGAUGAGCCCCUCCUGAACAGUCCUGCACACAGUAAUGAGGACAAACCUAAUGGAAUCAAUGCCGCCGAAGGAGCCACUCCUGCUUUCACUGUCGAGACAAGUCCGGAGAGCUCCGCCAGUUGCUCGCAACCUGCACUUGCUGCUCACGCUGCUACUGCUGAUGCUUCCAACACAACUACAAAUUCUCUUCAAGGGAAGGAGAUCCAAAACCUGAAUUAUAGGAGGACUAGAAAGGGUCAGUCUGCAACGCGUGCCACACCUCCAGCUGAGAAAUCAAGAGGUGUGAGCAUUGUGAGCCGGAUAAAUUCCAAGGCUGAACGGAUUGAAGCAUGGAGAUGAAAUCAAAUGACAUUUCCAUUGUUCUUGUGCACUAGAUGACUAACCCAAUGUUUCCUGGAACCCAGACUGCUGGGUUGCACAUUUUGCAUUUUGUCUGUGUAUCAUUUCUUGUUGUAUCAUGGUCAUGGUAUUUUGAGAUUCAUUCUUCUUGCCAUAGCUAACUUUCGUAUCUUUCUUAUGGUUCCUUGUUUUGUUUGAGUGAAUAAAAGAUAUUGAUGAUUUCUUUUGUACAUAAAUCUCUUCAAUGCCUAAAUUAUGAAGUGCCUGAAAGUUCAGGUA